AUGUCUCAAUCCAUCUUUCUCCAUACUCUCGUGGCGCUCAGUGCCCUCACCUCCGUCCACGGCGCGAAUUCUCCGGGCUGCGGCAAGAACCCUUCCCUUGCCAAUGGCGUCCACCAAAUAAACGGCCGCGAGUACACCCUCAAAGUCCCCGAUAACUACGAUGCAAACAACCCGUAUCACCUGGUUUUCGGACUCCACUGGCGCGGUGGGAACAUGAACAAUGUUGUCAACGGCGAAAGCAUCCAACCCUGGUACGGCCUCGAAGCACGCGCGCAGGGUAGUGCAAUCUUCGUGGCCCCUAAUGGUCUGAACGCCGGCUGGACUAAUAAUAACGGCGAGGACGUGGCCUUCAUCGACGCCAUCAUCGAACAAGUUGAGGGUGAGCUCUGUGUGGACCAGAGCUCUCGCUUCUCGACAGGUUUCUCCUGGGGUGGUGGAAUGAGUUAUUCCCUUGCUUGCUCGCGGGCUAAGGAGUUUAAGGCUGUUAGCGUCUUGAGCGGUGGCGUGAUUAGUGGAUGUGAAGGGGGCAAUGAUCCUAUUGCGUAUCUAGGGAUCCAUGGCAUCAAUGAUCCCGUUCUUCCUUUCGAUGGAGGUGUGCAGCUGGCGAAUAAGUUUGUGGGGAACAAUGGCUGCCAGCCAAAGGACAUCAAAAAGCCUGGGUCUGGGAGUCAGGGCUCCGAACGAACAGACUUCGAUGGCUGCUCUAGGCCAGUUUCUUUCAUUGCUUAUGAUGGUGGACAUGAUGGUGCGCCACUUGGAGUGCAGAGCUCGCUGGCCCCUGAUGCCACCUGGGAGUUCUUUAUGGCGGCAUAA